AUCUCAGCCUUGCCACCUUUGUUGUUGUCGAGCUUUCACACUCACAGAUUAUGUUUCUAGCGAACGUUUUUGGGCUCAUAUCGCUAUCAUGCGGUCUGUAUUUGCUCUACUCUCUUCUUCGCUUCGGCCAUAGAGAUAAACGGUUGCCACCUGGUCCACCCACAGUUCCAAUUCUCGGGAAUGCACAUCAGAUCCCUCCGACUCGAUUCUACCUGAAAAUUAAAGAGUGGGCUGACAAAUAUGGCGGCGUAUAUUCCCUUAAGAUAGGAGCUGGCACCAUGAUCAUUAUCAACGAUCGCAAGGCAGCCCAUGAGCUUUUCGAAAAGCGGAGCGCCAUAUACUCCGAUCGACCCAUAGACCACAACCUAGAGACGUGUUUCGGUAGUCAGAAUAUUGCUAUCAUGCAUGCGACGCCGUUGUGGCGUGCUCAGAGGAAGAUAUCUUCGCAGAGUCUGGCACCUAAGCAAUUGGAUAGCAAGAUUAAACCCAUACAGGAAGCGGAGAUGAGCCAACUUAUGUUUGACUUGCUCAUGACGCCUGACGAGUUCUUUACACAUGUCAAACGCUCCACAGCUUCGAUUGCGUCUAUAGUACUCUUCGGCUAUCGUGCACCCACUUUUGAUAGCUUCUGGGCCAAUGCUGUCUACCAAGCAAUGGAUCAUAUAAGUCCUGCAUCCGAACCAGGCGCCUCCUUACCAAUCGAUCAGUUCCCGAUACUGAAGCUAAUACCAGACCGAUGGGCCCCAUCAAAAGCUCGCGCAAAGCUCUGCUACGAGGAGGUUACGAAAGUGUGGAUCAAAGCCCGGGAUCUAGUCGAAGAACGCCGUAGGAACGGCGAUGAGCGCGAUUGCCUUGCAGAUCGCAUGAUGUCGGGAUCCAUAAAGUCAGACAUACCGCUCAGCGAUAUUGAGCUCGCCAACUUCCUGGGCGCUUUGUCUCAAGGUGCUGCGGAUACGACGAUGAGUGCGAUGAUGACCAGUAUCCUGUACUUGGCUACAAGCCCCUGGGUGCAGGAGAAAGCGAGGGUCGAACUGGACAGUGUCUGCGGCGUAGAGAGAAUGCCACUCUGGGAGGACUUCGACCGAAUUCCUUACAUAAAUUGCAUCAUCAAAGAAGGCCUACGUGUCAACCCGGUAAUCAUGACCGGAAUACCUCAUCGAGCUGCCCGAGACGACUGGUACGAGGGUAUGCUGAUCCCGAAAGACUCUGCUGUUUUAAUUUCUCCAUACGCCAUGAACUACAGCAUAGUCGAUGACCCGGAGGUCUACAAUCCCGAUCGGUAUCUGAACCACCCGCGACUUGCUAUGGAUUAUGCCGGAAGCCCCGAUUACGAAAAAAGAGAUCACUAUACGUACGGUGGCGGCCGUCGAAUCUGCGCUGGCAUCCAUCUAGCCGAGCGAACACAGUGGCGCAUGACUGCUCGGAUUCUAUGGGCAUUCAAAAUCGAGCCGGCCAUUGACCCUGUGACGGGAAAGCCAAUUGAACUCGAUACCUCCGACUAUAUCCAAGGUUUAAUCAGUAUACCCUCGCCCUUCCGUGUAAACUUUGUCCCUAGGAGCGAGAAACACGCAGAGGUUAUUCGUAAGGACUUCAACAGCGUCGAGGGAUUCUUAAAGCAAUGGGAAUGAUUAUAGCUCAUUAAGAGCAAUCAGCCCGGGUUUCAUGCAGAUUUUCAUGCAGAUUUUCCUUUCAUGUCAGUGUAUGAUGGGAGUUUCU